AUGUUCAGGAAAAGGGCCUGUUAUAAUUGUGGAUAUAAUCCUUUAGGUUGGAAAAAUGUAAAUCUGGGUCUUGGUCAAGGUACAAAAGAUAGCUUUAUCUUCACAUUGGGUGAUGGACAAUCUCCUUAUAAUGCAAAAAUAGCCAGAAUUGCACCAACUUCAUUAGUCGAUAAAGAUGUUGAUGAUUUGGCUUGGCAUGGUCCAAGGUUUGGUAAGGGUCCUGAUCUCUGGUUGAAGAUGAAUCGUGAUCAAAGUGGUGAAGCUCGUAAAGUUACAUAUGAAAGUAGUAUUUUAGAAAAUGAUGGUCGUUUUCGAUGGGAAUUAUAUCAUAUCUUAGAACCAAUGUAUGAAGCAACCAAAUUAUUAUCAUCAUCUUCAUACCCAACAAUGGGUGAUGUAAUAUUAGCUUUUAUUGGUAUGUUCACCACACUAGACCAUUAUCUUGAUGCACAAUUACAAUAA